AAUGGACGUUAAAAGGGAGCUUAUCGAUAGGCUAUAUUCUUCGAUUAAGCUUGGGGAUGAUAAAAAAGUAACUGAGAGUUUAAUCGAAAGUAAUAAUAUUAUUGAUAAAUUUAUGCUUUUAAAUGGUAUGCAAGAGGCAAUAAAGCGAAAUAAAUGGAACCUAUUUAAAUUGUUCUAUACGGCGUGGGCGUGCCAAUUAUGUGACGUUGAAGAAUUCCAAUAUCAAACUGCCCGGUGGUUUUUGUUUUUCUAUAAAGAAGCUAACGAAGGCGACGCUGUGGAGUUGUCCCUAAAAUUCAUAUACGACAGAUUGCAAGAGCUAAGAUUCGCUGAAAUGGACUCGAAUAACCUAUCAGUCGAGGAUACUCCAAGACGAUUGGAACGAUACCUACUUUCGAUUACUAAAACUCGAUUUCAAAUAAGAAACUUUCUAAAUGUUCGGAAGACUAGUAAUGACCUACUUAUUUUACUAUUAGAUAAUGCGGUAGAGAGGAACAAUAGAUGUUGCUUAGACAUUUUAACUAGGAGUUUGAACAUUCAAAAAAUUUAUGAAAGUUUUAAUAUCAUUUUGAAUAGCUUCAUUAAAGAUAAAUUUGAUAUAAUUAAACGAAUGAUUAACAAUAGGAGAUUAAAUAAUGCAAAGGACUUGGAUUUACUUGUCUAUUUAGUUAAUCAUAAUGUCUCUAUGGAGAAUUUAAAGAAUUUAUUAAGUUUUAUGGAUUUCACAGGUGAAGACAAACAGAAUUUAACGGUAAAAAUAUUUAGCUGUCACGAAUUUGAAUUUUUUCAAUACGGUAUGAAAUUGAAAUUGUUCGAUUUUGACGAAGAUACCGCACUAUGUUCAAUUCUACUUUGGAAAUGUUAUAUAUUAAAUGACUUAUUAACUUAUUAUCCAAAUGUUUAUCAAAGUUUGUUCGAAGAUGCUGAUCUUUUUAAAUUUGAGAAUUUUGAAUUUCCAAAAGCGUCUACAAUGCUUACUAUAUUUAGUCAUCCAAACUUUCAACAAAAGCAGAAUUAUCGUAAUACUUUCUUAAAACUCUUAUGCGGAAGGGAAGUCUUUUCAAAAAUUGUUAACGGACCAUUUGUUGAUGAAAAUAAUUGGCUUUGCCUAUUUUGUGUAACUCUUCACUGCAGUGAAAAUAGCUCCGGACUAUCUCAGGAUAUUGUUAAUUACGCAUUCAACAAACUAUUACAAAGUUCUAUUAAAGCUUCCGAAUCUGGUAUGAUUAUAUGCUAUAGAUUAAUUGUCACUCUCAUUUGGUACGGAUAUUCUGUUGAUGACUUAAAACUACCAGAAGUGUUUUAUAGAAUAAUAAGGGAAGAUAAUAUUCAUAAUUAUUUAUUUACCUUUUUAUUACACGCCGUUGAUCAAAGAAGUUUUAAUUUUAUGGUAAAGAAAAAAGAGAAGAGAAUUUCUGUCAUGUCUUUAAAAGGAAUGGUCAGAUCUUUCAUAAGAAAACAUAUAAGGAGACCAUUUCGUAAAAAUCUGGAUAUUUUGGGUGAAGACUUGCCAAUUUUAACAAAACGCCAACUCGGUUUAGAUGCUGAAAUAGAGGGAAUUGAUAUACAAAGAUUUAAGUAUAAAGUAUUAGAAAAUGAACUUUUAAUCGAUGGUCAGGAUAACUUUUUCAAAUUAUGUUCCUUACAAAACAAACAUAAGUUAUUAUUUUCUAAAAAACGAAAAUUGGAUUGGAUUAUGAUUUAG